AUGGAUGCGCUCUCUCCCGACAAGAUGGAGCGCUUCCAGAAGUUGUCCGUUGACUUUGAGCCCGAUUUGCAUAUACUUGCUGUUACCUAUCCUAUGAACCGCAUUAUGAAGAGCGAUGGGAACUGCGGUUGGAGGGCAGUGGCCUUUGGAUAUUUUGAAUCUCUUUUUACUCUCCGGGAUCCCACACACUUGCGGCAUGAGCUGAUCCGGAUCAAGUCUCUUAGCUUGCUUCUGGAUCAAGUUGGUCAGCCGGAACAGCUGUACGGGGUCUUCGUGGACGCUACCGCAGAUAUAUUUGAGCGAACCUUCGCAGCCAUCCAGAAUGGCGAGCGGAAUGAAGCUUUCCUGGUCAAUGCCUUUAAUGAGGAGUAUAAAUCGAAUGCCGUGCUCACCUAUUUUAGGCUUUUGACCAGCGCAUGGAUGAAGCUCAAUCCUCUCAGCUACCAUAGUUUCCUGUCUUUGCCGCUAGAGCAGUACUGUGCCACCCACAUAGAAACUGUCCGGACUGAGAUCGACGAAGUUGGACUGCAGGCCCUGGUGGAUGUAGUCAUCGAGGGAGCUGGAUUCGGAGUCGAGGUUCUCCGCCUCGACCGAGGCGAGGCCGACGUAUUAACGCGGGACCAGCUCUCGCCGAGCCGGCCUAGCGGUAUAACUAUCAGUCUGCUGUACCGACCGGGCCACUAUGACCUCCUCUAUCCUGCUGAUCAGACCGUACACAUCAGCCCUGUGGUGAAUUACCAAUACGCGAUGUCAUCCAACUAUUCACCAUGGGACCAGAGUGCUCUCCCAUUGGACCUCGACUCGCACUUGAUGUCCAUUCCCAACUUGACGGCAGACUCUGUGUUCGGAGCAGGCUCUCCCAUGUCCCCUAUGGCCUCCGUCUCCCCUGCCGCAGCGAGUCCGUUCCGUGUCUCGUCCGCACAGGAGAUGAUGUAUCAGUCCCCCACGCAGAGCCUUCCACCGAUUCUGCCGAUUCCUGUUCCUUCCUCAAUGCCUACCAGGCCAUCUGUCGCACCACCCCUGAUGAUUGCACUACCGAGUCAGUCAUCAGAUGGGCUGCAAAUCCGGUUGAAUCCGCUGGUCAUGCAGCCCAACUUGAGUCAUUCGCUGCUCUUGAGUACGCCUUUCAAGAACUCGCCAUACAACCAGGCUCAUUUCCGGAAUUCCAACUUUGAGCCGAUUCAGUGGGAGCCGCGUAAUCCAGGACGAUGA